UGUUGGAAUGGAACACAACACACGGACGGCAAUACAGGCACAGUAUAUAUAGAGCUGAGGCAGCGCAGGGGAGACGUACUACAGCUUCAGCGGCUGAUCAGCUGCUUCCGUAUCAGUGUGUGGUGUGUUGGUUUUUGAGCAGAGCUUGCAGGCCAGGUGACGACCGAAAGCAGAAGAAGGCAUCGAGAUGAGCAGCGAGGAAGCGCCGCUGCUGGUGCCGGCGCCGGCGCCGGUGGCGGAGGGUUGCCCCGGGUGCGCGAUGGAGCGGCGGAAGGCGAGCAGCAACGGGAGGAUCCCCUACAAGGAGCUCUUCUUCGUCGGCGUCACCUCCCUCGCCUCAUCUUUACCAAUCACGUGCCUCUUCCCCUUCCUGUAUUUCAUGGUAAGGGACUUCCACAUUGCUAAAACAGAGGAAGAUAUUGGAUUUUAUGCUGGUUUUCUUGCUGCAUCAUACAUGGUGGGCAGAGGCUUUUCUUCAGUUUUCUGGGGCAUUCUCGCAGACCGAAUUGGACGGAAGCCUGUCAUCGCAUUUUCAAUCUUGUGUGUGGUCAUAUUUAACACACUAUUUGGUCUAAGUACAACGUAUUGGAUGGCAAUUGCUACAAGACUUGUGUUGGGUGCUCUAAAUGGCCUACUUGCCCCAAUAAAGGCAUAUUGCGUUGAAGUUUGUCAACCUGAACAUCAGGCACUUGGACUCUCAAUUGUGAACACGGCAUGGGCUUUGGGUCUUAUUGUUGGUCCAGCUCUUGGAGGUUACCUUUCACAGCCAGCUGAGAAAUAUCCUCGCAUAUUUUUCAAGGAUUCUGUCUUUGGCAGAUUUCCAUAUCUUUUACCCUGUCUAAGUGUAUCAGUGUUCGCUACAAUUGUCCUGAUAAUCUGUGAAUGGCUUCCGGAGACUAUACAUAAACAUAAAGUUCCCGAAAUGGACACCAGAAUAAUCAAAGCCUUGCCAUCAGAAAAGGGUUAUUGGGAAGCACCUCGCAAGAAGAAGAGUUUGCUCCAGAACAGGGCUUGGAUAUCAACUAUGCUACCUUACUGCUUUUUUAGUCUUCAUGACACAGCAUAUAGUGAGAUACUUUCCUUAUGGGCUGUGAGCGAUCGGAAGUAUGGCGGCCUUAGCUUCUCAACUGAAGAUAUUGGUCAGGUUCUUGCUAUGGCAGGUGCUAGUCUUCUAGUAUACCAGCUUAUCAUUUAUCGCUGGGUUCAUAAAACUCUUGGAACAGUCAACUCAGCACGUAUUGCUUCUGCUGUGUCUAUACUUGUUCUUGCGACUUAUCCCUUUAUGACAUACCUAUCUGGAGUGAAACUUUCCUUUGCUCUUCAUUCUGCAGCCAUGAUGAGAAGUGCUCUUUCAAUCACUGUCAACACAGGAAUUUCCCUUCUACAGAACAAUGCUGUGUGCCAAGAACAAAGAGGCACCGCAAAUGGUAUAGCGACAACUGCAAUGUCAUUCUUCAAGUCAAUUGCUCCAGUAGGUGCAGGGGCCCUAUUCUCAUGGGCACAAAAACGUCAAGAUGUUGCUUUCCUGCCAGGUGAUCAGGUGGUUUUCAUGGUGCUGAAUCUGGUGCAGCUCCUUGGGCUGAUAUCCAUCUUUGAGCCCUUUCUGGUGUUACCUGCAUUACCGGAGUAGUCGUGUUAAAGGCUGGAAGACAUUAUUAUGAAAACGAAUGUUGUACCUUGGGACAUAUCUACAGUUGAUCAAAUAUAAGAAAGACAAAAAAGGAAUAUUAUUGUAGCCAGUUGUACACUACUGAAGACGUCUAAUUAGUCCAAAAAAUAAUAAAUGUCUGUCUAGUUAGCAAACUUGAUCCGGUUGUCCUAUCACUGAGACGCAACACGCAUUUUCCUAAUCAGUCUUGGAAGAAUCCAAGAGUCCUGAGCUUCUCCUUAUACAAUUCUGUUCUGAAGCAGCCAUCUUCAGGUUGCCCGAUUUGAAACUGUACAUUGGAAAAAAGUUCAGACAAUCGAUUUGCUCUUCAUUCUAGCAACCUUCAGGAA